AACCGAGCGAGCUAGCAGCCGUUUGUUUUCUCCUUCUGGACGAGCUAACCUCGGCUUUGGCAAUUUAUUUGUUUUAUUUUACCGCUUGACACGAGUUAAGCAGACCAAGAUAGGCGGCUGGGGAUCCAAGAUGUCCAACCGAGUGGUGUGCAGAGAAGCCUCUCAUGCGGGGACCUGGUACUCUGCCUCGGGAUCUCAGCUGAAUGCACAACUCGAGGGCUGGCUGUCCCAAGCUCAGUCCAACUCCACCAUUGGACCUGCUAGAGCUAUCAUAGCGCCCCAUGCUGGAUACACGUACUGUGGUGCUUGUGCGGCACAUGCCUACAAGCAGGUUGAUCCCUCUGUUACUCGUAGGGUCUUCAUCCUGGGACCUUCACACCAUGUGGCCCUCUCCCGCUGUGCCCUGACACCUGCAGACAUCUAUAGAACUCCUCUUUAUGACAUGAGAAUCGACCGGAAGGUUUACGCUGACCUCUGGAAAACUGGGUUGUUUGAACGGAUCAGUUUGCAGACAGAUGAAGAUGAGCACAGUAUUGAAAUGCACUUGCCUUACACUGCUAAAGCCAUGGAGAGCCACAAGGACGAGUUCAGCAUCGUCCCUGUGCUUGUGGGCGCCCUGAGUGAAUCUAAGGAACAGGAAUAUGGGAAGCUGCUCAGCAAGUAUCUGGCAGACCCUUCCAACCUUUUCAUCAUCUCCUCCGACUUCUGCCACUGGGGUCAACGGUUCCGCUACCUAUACUAUGAUGAAACUCAAGGGGAGAUCCACAGGUCUAUUGAGCAUCUUGAUAAAAUGGGAAUGGGCAUUAUAGAGCAGUUGGAUCCUGUGUCUUUCACCAACUACUUGAAGAAGUACCGCAACACCAUCUGUGGGCGUCACCCAAUUGGAGUGCUGCUAAAUGCGGUGGCUGAACUUAAGAAGAAUGGUUUAGAAAUGAACUUAUCUUUCCUGAACUACGCCCAGUCGAGCGAGUGCAGGAACUGGGACGACAGCUCCGUGAGUUACGCUGCCGGGGCUCUCGUCGUUCAUUGAGGGCAACUUUCACAGGGACCAGUGCAGCGCCGCCACCCUGUCCUUACUAUCUAUCGCCAUAACCCAGACACCCUCCCUCUCACCCCACCCCCAAUCGUGCCCACUAUUUGCAGGAAGGACGUAGACACUCAAAGCCAAUACAGUCCCCUUUAUCUGUCGCUCUUCUCCAACCUCCUCUCAGUUUGAAUUGUGUCUCAGAGCUUUUGGUUGAUACAUUUUUCUUGAAAAGUAAUGGUGUGAGGAGAUGUGUGGAAUGCAUAUUAAUUUGGCUCGGGGGGGAACCACCAGGAGGGACAAAUCUUAUUUGGGUUUUUGGAAGGACUUCAGUUGUCCAUUUCAGUUUUUCCUUACAAACGAUGGAUUAGAGUUGUGAUGCAAUCUUUACAUUUGGACUCUUGGCAAUCUAUGCUCAUGUUAUUUGCCUCCGAAAAAGGAAUGAAAAUAUAACUCCAGAUCUUUAUAUAGAAUACUGUAAUGUUGCCAGAUGAAAAUGAAGUGAGUGUUGUGACACGACUGCUUUAAGCUACAUGCGACUUAAAUUUAUAAGACAGUGUCAUAGGCUAUUUCUACCGUCGCAUUAUAAUGUAGUUGCUAACAAAGGGCUGCACCCAGCAGAGUUCACUAACCCCUGUACAAUACCAAAAACAUUAUUACUCUCAUAAUAGUUUUAUUAAAUAUGAUCUUUUAUUCAUAUUCUAUUCCUUUUUUUUCUCCCUUUUUUGUUAUUAUUAGAUGUGAUGGUAUUUACUCAAGUAGUGUGUAGAUUUAAACAAAAGGAGUCUUGUCAGUUAAAAACCAACGACAUGGUUUGCCUGUUAAAUUAGUGCGUGUGCAAUGCUGCUCCCGGAUUCCAAUUAUACAUGUGUAGCAUCAUAUAUAUGGUUUGCUUGGGCCAGACUGCAGCUGUGGGUGCUGCAGAAAUGUCAUCGGAGCUGGAUAUUGUGAAAAAUGAAUCCCAACACUGACACCACUAGUCUUUGUUUACACUGCCACCUUGAAUCUCUGUUGUUAUUGAAUUGUCUUCAUAGUAGACUCAAUCUUAAUUUUUCGUUCUUACAUAAGUUUAAAAAAAAUUUCUUGUUGCAAGCUCCGAACUGAUCGAGUGGCACAGCUUUAGUUUUAGCAGUUUACUAAUUCUGUCCACGAGGUAGUGAUAGACGUUUCUUUUUAUUAACGUUUUUAUAUCCAAAUGCCAAAUGUUAUUGUGAAGAUUUCAGUCUUCAUCCUCAAUGGUUUGUUUCCAGUUUUGUUACUCCUUGAUUCAUGAGAGUAGCUAGAAGAAGUGAUAGAUGGAGGUUUAAGAUCAGCACAAAGUCACCAUUCAAUGUUCAACAAUUUACAACAGGGAAAUGUGGCUCCAUGCUCUAUUAUUGACGGGUGUUAAUCUGUUAAAAACAUGAAUAUAUUUCUUUGCGUUAUGUAACGUCAAGCAAGAGGAUCCCAGUUAUGAAAAAGAAGUUAUUUGCACUGUAAUCCUGCUGCUUGAAAGACUUAAACUGCAUACAAACAAUCUUAAUGCAGUGAACCUGAUGAUUCAUAGUGGCAGGCUUUCAGGGACAGUACGUCAGGCAGCACACCAUGACUGCUGUCCUUUUCAUCUGAGAUCUGAACAUCACUUAUCUCUGACUGACUUUUGCUGCAAUUCCCACGUUACGCUACAAUAUCUGGCUGAAGCAAGUGAGCACAGACUGAAAACACGAAGCCCCACAAUCAAUUGACCUCUGAUGAUAAUUUAAGGGAAACAAGUAAAGCUACACACACGUUUAUUGUGCCUUUUUAUCACGGAUGCACAUAUACAUAAGAAGUGUAUUCUCACUUUUAGUCUUAUUUCAGGAUGUUUACUUUCAGUUUUUAAUUCCCACGUGAACCCUCCCUCUUGCCCAGUGCCCAACAAAGUCUCCAUCCCAUCCAGCUCUCAAGGAGUGUGUCACAUCUCCCUCUAAUCUUGUUGGUCAAAAAUGGCACCAGCUGUGAUCUCCUUUCUCCAGCAGGGAGCGGCGUUUUGUUUUCUCCACCUCACCUCAUUCCUGUAGAAAGAGACAAAAGGCUAAACCUCAACACUGUUAUUUUUUCUGUUUAUGGAUCUUUGUUAGUCUUUUAGAAAUGUUUUUUUUUUAUUAUUAUUUUUCUCUUGCUUAGAGAAUCGGAAGUUACACGUUAAAAAACCUAAAAUACUACUUAACCGCUGCCUAAAUGGAGCUGUUCUGAUCUCAGGUUCCACUGACAAAGCAUCCCUACAGGCUCUUCAGAUGAGGCCAAGGAUUCAUGUUACAAAAAAUAAAAAAGUAAAAUGUACGGAAAA